AUGGCGGCUUGUCAACAUGAAUUUACCAGACAAUUGAAUCGACAAAUGACGAUAAAGUGUCCGAAGUAUUCGUACAACUAUUCGCAGUUACCAAACGAUGACAUCAUCAAUAAUAUCUAUACCGCUAUUAAUAUUAAAGAGGAAGAGGUAAAAGUACCAUUUUGGCCUUUGCCCGAUUCACAAUCACCACCACAAAUUUAUCAUCCUGAUCCU